AUGCCGCGCUCAGUAUUUCAGCAGCAGCAGCAGCAGCAGGAGAAGUUGCUGCUGCAGCAGCAGCAGCAGCAUCUAUUUGAUGGCUGCCCGUCCAAUGAGGGCUCAGAGAUAUCUGAUGGUGUUGGAGGUCUUGUCUACAGUACCUCGCAGCAGCACGACAUGCAGCAGCAGCAGCAGCAGCAGCAGCAGCAGCAUGUUGUGUCUCCUGGAUCUCGCUCAUCCUCCAUCUCCCGUCUGACUCGUAUAACAGCAAGAAGAGAGGAGAUAGAUGUUGAGGAUUUGGCGCUGCUGCUGCGGCGGCAGCUGCUGGGUAGUUUAUUCCUUAAGAAAAGAGCAGCAGCAGCAGCAGCAGCUAUUGUCCUGCUGCUACUUGCUGCUGCUGCUGUCCUGCUGCUACUCGCAUCUGCAGGAUUCAUCUUCCAUGCAGAUACACCCCAGCAGACACCAACCAUACCCCCUAUAGAAAUAUCUUCUCCUGCAUUAGGGUUAGGUGGUCCUUCUCCUGAAUUGGCAGCACUAAGGAGGGAAUUAGCAGCACAGCGUGUUGCUAUGCAGCAGCAGCAGCAGCAGCAUAUUCAGCAGCAGCAGCAACUGCAGCAGCAGCUUGAGCAGUUAUUGCAGCAACAAAAACAGCAGCAACAGCAGCAACAGAUUGCUACAGGAGACCCAGAUGUUGCAGCAGCAGCAGCAGCAGCAGCCGCAGCAGCAGCAGCAGCAGAGAGGGAGGCAUUAGCCGAAGAAGUAGCAGCAGCAAAGCAGCAACAGCAGCAGCUGCUGCUGCUGCAGGGACACAGCCAUUACCUGCUGGUCUUAGACAAAAAAUAG